AUGCGAAGACCAGACCUUCGUGACGACGACAGCGACGAAGCCGCUUCGAACGACAACACGAUUGCCCCUCUUCUGCGUGCCGAGACAGACGCCGCAAUGUCGACCGGUCAAGAUGCCCACGGCCAUGCGCCCGCCGCAUCUGUGAAGAAGGGGAAGCAGAAGAAGGCGGUUGACUCCAAUGAAUCGGCCAAACUUCUCGCGCAGCGAAUUUCGCAGCUCGAGCAAGAUGCUGCCGGGGAGAAGGACCAAGAAGCAGAGAUUGAACGAGAGGUCAAACGCGCAACUCGUGAGAUGACGCAACAAGUGGCCAAGAUGAACGACUUGCAAAAGAUUGAACAUCUUACCAAGCGUUCAAGCGAGCUGCUGGCAGAGAUGCGGCGCGUUGAACGGGAGAACCAGAAGAACAAGAAGCGUGGCGAUACCUUGCAGAAGGAGAAGGAUGCGAACCGCACUGAACUUAGCAAGACCAUUGGCCUCAAGGAGAAGCUCGAGAAGCUAUGCCGAGAAUUACAACGGGACAACAACAAGUACAAGAACGAGAAUAAGACUCUCCAAGACAACCUGAAGCACAACAGCACGGCUUAUGACGAGAAAUACGCGGCUCUGCUGUCCAAACUGGAAUUUCUGCAGGAAGAAAAGGACCAUCCAAGAAAGCAGGUCGUUGACAUGAGUGUCGAUACGCUGUUCCGGAACCGCUUUAAAUCGUUCAUCGAGCAGUACGAGCUUCGCGAGCUGCACUUUCACUCCCUCAUGCGGACCAAAGAACUGGAGGUGCAGUACAAUAUGGCACGCUACGAACGAGAGAAGAAGGCUGCCGAGACGGAAGCCAGCAGGGCGCGAAAUCUCCAGGCCCAGGUCCAAACGUUUACCAAGACGGAAAGCGAACUUCGAAACCAACUUAACGUUUACGUGGACAAGUUCAAGCAGGUUGAGGACACGCUGAACAACAGCAACGACCUGUUCUUGACAUUUCGCAAGGAGAUGGAAGAUAUGUCGAAGAAGACGAAGCGUUUGGAGAAGGAGAACGAGACGAUGAAGCGCAAGCACGACGUUACCAACGCCAAUAUCAUUCGUAUGGCUGAGGAGCGCGAGGAUUGGAGGAAGAAGGCUACCGAGGCAGCCAAGAGGACCGAUAAGCUGAGGAGCAUCAUUGAGCAAAUGCAGCAGCAAGGUCGUAAGGUACCCCCGGGAAUGGUAGCAACAUUGGAGAGUUGCUACUCGGACAGCAACGGCCACAUGGAGGACGGUGACGGAAGCGACUAUUCAGAUGAUGAGGAGGGCGAAGAAGACCCUAGCGAGUUUGAUGAUGAUGACACGGAGGAAGAGCCUCAACCCACAGAGCCACAGCCGCCAAGGCCCUUUGGGCCAGAGCGUCCGCCAGUGCCUCAGGCUACAACGAACGGUCAUUAG